AUGCCUCUGUCAGCCAUGGUGUUUCUGUUUGCGGCAAGCUGUAUGGGCGGUGUGAUGAGUUUGAAGAUUUCACAAAACUGUACCGGAAAUGACGAUUGUCCUCAACACUCCACGUGCCAACCUAGAGGCUGUGACGGCAUCAAGUGUCUCUGUGACCCGGAUUACGUUGCUAAUGACGACGGGACGGAGUGCAUUCCUGCUGUGCGUAUCGGUGAGAGCUGCAACACAACAGUGAAAUGCAUCCCCAAAGAUUCCUCGUUUUGCAACUCGGCUGGGAGUGCUCCAAGUUGCGAAUGUAGUCCACCUUACAGGACGACCACGACGGAACCGAAGACCUGCAGACUGGCGUUUGAGGGACAAGCGAUUGGCGAGACUUGUAACGAUUCACUGGAUUGUUUCCUGGAUGCAGAGUGCGUCUCAGAUAAAACAUGUCAGUGUCAGAGCGGAAAGCGAAGGAUAACACAAAAGGAAUUUUGGGCAGAACCCAAUAAUGAACAAGACUGUAUUCCUGCAGAUUAUUCCGCUUGUUUGUGUAAUAGAAAGGCGAUUUCAUUCCCAGAUCUGGGAGAGAACUGUACCGACAAAGCUGACUGUAAGAAUUCUUCUGCAGAAUGUCUGAAUGGCGUCUGUUUCAUCAUGAGGAAGCUGGGAGAGAACUGUACAAACAAAGUCCAGUGUAAUAAUUCUUCUGCAGAAUGUGUGAACGGCGUCUGUUUCAUCAUGAGGGAGCUGGGGGACAACUGUACAGACAAAGUCCAGUGUAAGAAUUCUUCUGCAGAAUGUGUGAACGGCGUCUGUUUCAUCAUGAGGGAGCUGGGAGAAAAUUGUACAGACAAAGUCCAGUGUAAGAAUUCUUCUGCAGAAUGUCUGAACGGCGUCUGUUUCAUCAUGAGGGAGCUGGGAGAGAAUUGUACAGACAAAGUCCAGUGUAAGAAUUCUUCUGCAGAAUGUCUGAACGGCGUCUGUUUCAUCAUGAGGGAGCUGGGAGAGAAUUGUACAGACAAAGUCCAGUGUAAGAAUUCUUCUGCAGAAUGUCUGAACGGCGUUUGUUUCAUCAUGAGGGAGCUGGGGGAGAACUGUACAGACAAAGUCCAGUGUAAAAACGCCUCGGCAGACUGUUACAAAGGAGUGUGCUUUGUUAAGAGAGAUAUCGGAGAACAUUGUAGAGAAAAAGGUGAAUGUAAGGAUACUUCAGCUGACUGCUAUAACGGAACAUGUUUUAUUAAGAAGAAUCUAGGUGAAAACUGUGGAGAAAAAGUUGAAUGUAAGGAUACUUCGGCAGAUUGCUAUAAUGGAACCUGUUUUAUUAAGAAGAAUCUAGGUGAAAGCUGUAUGGAUAAGGGCGUGUGCAAAUGCAUUGUCGGAUACGCUGAAGAGAUAAACAAAAAUGAUGGAAAGAAAAUCUGUUUGAAAUCUGUAAAGACAGUGAUUGGACAGAGGAUGUGUCCCUGUUUAUGUCAAUCUGUCUACGGUAAUGGUACUUCCUUCAGUAAAGACAGUGAUUGGACAGAGAAUGUGUCUCUGUUUAUGUUAAACUGUCUACGGUACAGACGGCCACACCUCACUCCACGCCCCGACUCGCGGGAUGUUACUUUCUACACACACUGCAGUAGUACGCGGCUAGGAUCAGUCAUCGAUACGUCGUUGGAAAGGACGCAAGGAAAGAUGUUUCCCGCCACCUUGGUCCUCAUUCUGGCCGCCAGUGUACAUGGAGGGACCAGUUUGAAGAUUUCACAAAACUGUACCGGAAAUGACGAUUGUCCUCAACACUCCACGUGCCAACCUAGAGGUUGUGAUGGCAUCAAGUGUCUCUGUGACCCGGAUUACGUUGCUAAUGACGACGGGACGGAGUGCAUGCCCGCUGUGCGUAUCGGUGAGAGCUGCAACACAACAGUGAAAUGCAUCCCCAAAGACUCCUCAUUUUGCAACUCGGCUGGGAGUGCUCCAAGUUGCGAGUGUAGUCCACCUUACAGGACGACCACGACGGAACCGAAGACCUGCAGACUGGCGUUUGAGGGACAAGCGAUCGGCGAGACUUGUAACGAUACCUCCGACUGUUUCCUGGAUGCAGAGUGCGCUUCAAAUAAAACAUGCCAAUGUCAGAGUGGAAAGCGAACGAGAACAGAUCUGGAAUUCUGGGCAGAACCUGAUAUGAUGAUAGACUGCAUUUCUGAUCAUUAUUCCGCAUGUUCUUGCAACAGUUCAGCUAUAGAGUUUCCAGCACCAAAGUCAGACGGAGAAAAGUGUACAUAUGACUGUGAAUGUAACGGCACCGCGAUCUGUCGAAGCAAGUCAUGUUUUACUCUCAAAGAUAUGGGAGAGAACUGUACCGACAAAGUGGACUGUAAGAAUUCUUCUGCAGAAUGUGUGAACGGGGUCUGUUUCAUCAUGAGGGAGCUGGGGGAGAACUGUACAGACAAAGUCCAGUGUAAGAAUUCUUCUGCAGAAUGUGUGAAUGGCGUCUGUUUCAUCAUGAGGGAGCUGGGGGAGAACUGUACAGACAAAGUCCAGUGUAAGAAUUCUUCUGCAGAAUGUCUGAACGGCGUCUGUUUCAUCAUGAGGGAGCUGGGGGAGAACUGUACAGACAAAGUCCAGUGUAAUAAUUCUUCUGCAGAAUGUGUGAACGGCGUCUGUUUCAUCAUGAGGGAGCUGGGAGAGAACUGUACAGACAAAGUCCAGUGUAAGAAUUCUUCUGCAGAAUGUCUGAACGGCGUCUGUUUCAUCAUGAGGGAGCUGGGAGAGAACUGUACAGACAACGUCCAGUGUAAAAACGCCUCGGCAGAGUGUUACAAAGGAGUGUGCUUUGUUAAGAGAGAUAUCGGAGAACAUUGUACAGAAAAAGAAAAGGGUGAAUGUAAGGAUACUUUGGCUGACUGCUAUAACGGAACAUGUUUUAUUAAGAAGAAUCUAGGUGAAAAUUGUACAGAAAAGGGUGAAUGUAAGGAUACUUCGGCUGACUGCUAUAACGGAACGUGUUUUAUUAAGAAGAAUCUAGGUGAAAAUUGUACAGAAAAUGGUGAAUGUAAGGAUACUUUGGCUGACUGCUAUAACGGAACAUGUUUUAUGAAGAAGAAUCUAGGUGAAAAUUGUUCAGAAAAGGGUGAAUGUAAGGAUACUUCGGCUGACUGCUAUAACGGAACAUGUUUUAUUAAGAAGAAUCUAGGUGAAAAUUGUUCAGAAAAGGGUGAAUGUAACGACACAUCAGCAGAUUGCUAUAAUGGAACAUGUUUUAUUAAGAAGAAUCUAGGUGAAAAUUGUACAGAAAAAGGUGAAUGUAACGACCCUUCGGCUGACUGCUAUAAUGGAACAUGUUUUAUUAAGAAGAAUCUAGGUGAAAAUUGUACAGAAAAGGGUGAAUGUAAGGAUACUUUAGCAGACUGCUAUAACGGAACGUGUUUUAUUAAGAAGAAUCUAGGUGAAAAUUGUACAGAGAAGGGUGAAUGUAACGACACAUCAGCAGAUUGCUAUAAUGGAACAUGUUUUAUUAAGAAGAAUCUAGGUGAAAAUUGUACAGAGAAGGGUGAAUGUAACGACCCUUUGGCUGACUGCUAUAACGGAACAUGUUUUAUUAAGAAGAAUCUAGGUGAAAAUUGUACAGAAAAGGGUGAAUGUAAGGACACAUCAGCAGACUGCUAUAACGGAACGUGUUUUAUUAAGAAGAAUCUAGGUGAAAAUUGUACAGAAAAGGGUGAAUGUAAGGAUACUUCGGCAGAUUGCUAUAAUGGAACAUGUUUUAUUAAGAAGAAUCUAGGUGAAAAUUGUACAGAGAAGGGUGAAUGUAAGGAUACUUUAGCAGACUGCUAUAACGGAACGUGUUUUAUUAAGAAGAAUCUAGGUGAAAAUUGUACAGAGAAGGGUGAAUGUAACGACACAUCAGCAGAUUGCUAUAAUGGAACAUGUUUUAUUAAGAAGAAUCUAGGUGAAAAUUGUACAGAAAAAGGUGAAUGUAACGACUCUUCGGCUGACUGCUAUAAUGGAACAUGUUUUAUUAAGAAGAAUCUAGGUGAAAAUUGUACAGAAAAGGGUGAAUGUAAGGAUACUUUAGCAGACUGCUAUAACGGAACGUGUUUUAUUAAGAAGAAUCUAGGCGAAAAUUGCACACAAAAGGGUGAAUGUAAGGAUACUUCGGCUGACUGCUAUAACGGAACAUGUUUUAUUAAGAAGAAUCUAGGUGAAAAUUGUACAGAAAAGAGUGAAUGUAAGGAUACUUUGGCUGACUGCUAUAACGGAACAUGUUUUAUUAAGAAGAAUCUAGGUGAAAAUUGUACAGAAAAGAGUGAAUGUAAGGAUACUUUGGCUGACUGCUAUAACGGAACAUGUUUUAUUAAGAAGAAUCUAGGUGAAAAUUGUACAGAAAAGGGUGAAUGUAAGGACACAUCAGCAGACUGCUAUAACGGAACGUGUUUUAUUAAGAAGAAUCUAGGUGAAAAUUGUACAGAAAAUAGUGAAUGUAAGGAUACUUCGGCAGAUUGCUAUAAUGGAACAUGUUUUAUUAAGAAGAAUCUAGGUGAAAAUUGUACAGAAAAAGGUGAAUGUAACGACUCUUCGGCUGACUGCUAUAAUGGAACAUGUUUUAUUAAGAAGAAUCUAGGUGAAAAUUGUACAGAAAAGGGUGAAUGUAAGGAUACUUUAGCAGACUGCUAUAACGGAACGUGUUUUAUUAAGAAGAAUCUAGGCGAAAAUUGCACACAAAAGGGUGAAUGUAAGGAUACUUCGGCUGACUGCUAUAACGGAACAUGUUUUAUUAAGAAGAAUCUAGGUGAAAAUUGCACACAAAAGGGUGAAUGUAAGGAUACUUCGGCUGACUGCUAUAACGGAACAUGUUUUAUUAAGAAGAAUCUAGGUGAAAAUUGUACAGAAAAGAGUGAAUGUAAGGAUACUUUGGCAGAUUGCUAUAAUGGAACAUGUUUUAUUAAGAAGAAUCUAGGUGAAAAUUGUACAGGAAAAGGUGAAUGUAACGACUCUUCGGCUGACUGCUAUAAAGGAACAUGUUUUAUUAAGAAGAAUCUAGGUGAAAAUUGUACAGAAAAGGGUGAAUGUAAGGAUACUUUGGCUGACUGCUAUAAGGGAACAUGUUUUAUUAAGAAGAAUCUAGGUGAAAAUUGUUCAGAAAAGGGUGAAUGUAACGACACAUCAGCAGAUUGCUAUAAUGGAACAUGUUUUAUUAAGAAGAAUCUAGGUGAAAAUUGUACAGAGAAGGGUGAAUGUAACGACCCUUUGGCUGACUGCUAUAACGGAACAUGUUUUAUUAAGAAGAAUCUAGGUGAAAAUUGUACAGAAAAGGGUGAAUGUAAGGACACAUCAGCAGACUGCUAUAACGGAACAUGUUUUGUAAAGAAAGACUUUGGUGAGUCAUGUUCGGAGCCAGCUGAGUGUAGGAAUUCGUCUGCAAUUUGCUUUCUCUCUGUAUGCACAUUACCUGGUGACCUUGGUGAUAACUGUACUGACGUCACAGAUUGUGUCGACGUCACUAACUGCACUGGCGUCACUGGUUGCGUCCAAUCUUCAUAUGCGUGCCUGGAUAGCCACUGUGUGAUGAUGAAAGGUCUGGGGGAUAAUUGUUCUGACACGAGAGAGUGUUCCGGUUUUAACCAGUCAGCCGUCUGUCACAAGCGAGUCUGCUUCAUUCUGAGGGAGUUUGGUGAACUGUGUGACGACUUGUCUGACUGCAGGAACAGUUCAGCGAUCUGUCUAAACGACGCGUGCUUCCUGCCCAGAGAACUAGGUGAGGCGUGUGUGGAUCCAGAACAAUGCAGGAAUACGUCAGCAGAUUGUUUUAAUGGGAAAUGUUUCAUUAAGAAGGCGCUAGGGGACGCUUGCAGUGACUCUAAAGAGUGCAAGAACGCCACUGCUGUUUGUUUGAACGGAAUUUGUUUUGUUAAGAAAGAUAUCGGGGAGAACUGUACACAAAACAAUCAAUGUAAAGUCACUACCGCUGAGUGCUAUAAUGGGAAGUGUUUCGUUAAGAAAACUAUUGGCGAGAACUGUACAGAAAAGGGCGAAUGUAUAGAUGCGUCAGCAGACUGCUAUAAUGGGUCGUGUUUUAUUAAAAAGAAACUCGGGGAGAAUUGUACAGAGAAAGGACAAUGCGCGAAUUCUUCAGCAGAUUGUCUUAAUGGGAAAUGCUUUGUUAAAAAGCGACUGGGGGAGAAGUGUAUUCUGAAGGUGGAAUGCGCAGUCGACGAUGCUGAAUGCAUUGGUGGAAAGUGUUUUCUUCCAAAGGAGCUGGGAGGCGCGUGUAACAGCAGACGGGAAUGCAGAGACUCCGCGGCGUUCUGUGUGAAUGGUUCAUGCGUCUUGCUGAAAUCUGCUGGAGAAAACUGUACCCACACAAACCAGUGUGACGUCAAUCUGCUGUGUGACGCUGGUGUGUGUUCUCAGGGCUCGCCUGGUGUACAGGUGUGCAAUACCAGCAUGCAGUGCGCUAACUUCAUGGAGUGUGUGAACAGCAAGUGUCAUUCGAGGAAAGGUGAAGGUCAAUCGUGUGGCCAGGGAGUCGAAUGCUCCUCUGUGCUCAGGUGUAUUAACGGAACUUGUGUGGCUCCAAAAGAUGAAGGAGAGGACUGUUCAUCGACAGACCAAUGUGCGGAUCCAUUUAAGUGCGUUAAUGGCGUCUGCUUCCGGUUAAAGGUCGAAGGUCAGUCAUGUAAUUUAACAGACGAAUGUAGCGAUUCUUUACAAUGUAUUCGCGGCGUCUGCUUUAGGUUGAAAGUUAAAGACGAAUCAUGUACUUCGAGUGAAGAAUGCAAUGAGCCUUUGAAAUGUGUUGAUAAAGUUUGUUUUGCCUUCAAGUUGGAGGAUCAAACAUGCACUUCGACAGAACAAUGUACUGGACCUUUAAAGUGUGUCAAUGACGUUUGUUUCGUGUUGAAGUCGGAGGAUGACGCAUGCACUUCGACAGAGCAAUGUACUGGGCCUUUAAAGUGUGUCAAUGACGUUUGUUUCGUGUUGAAGUCGGAUGAUGACGCAUGCACUUCGACAGAACAAUGCGCUGACCCUCUGGAGUGCGUCAGUGACAAAUGCUUCAGACUCAGGCUGGAAGGUCAAUUGUGCAGCUCUACAAGAGAGUGUUCCAAAUCCCUGGCGUGUCUGGGUCGCACGUGUACCAGACUGAAGUCAGCGGGAGAACUGUGUGACAGACUCGACUGCGCCGCCCAGCUCACGUGUCGAGACCGAGUCUGCGUCCAGCUCAAGCAGAUCGGGGAGCAGUGCCACGUCACUUCCGAUUGUCUCGACACUUCCGGCCAAUGCAGCAGCGGUACGUGUGCAUGUAUCCCGGGCUACACGGAAGCUGUUAACAAAACGCUGGGGGUGAAAAUGUGCGCUAAGUCAGAAUUCCACGGUUCAGUUCCAGUAUCAGGUCCAGGCACGUCUACCCUGGACAGUGUCCGACUUCACUAA